CCAUAUGCUAGGAGAAUCACGGCACAUACUGUAGUCGUGUUGUCGAUGCAGGCUGACGUUAACUGGCUAAUUUUAGCAUUUUAGCUAGUUUUACAAGCUGUUUUGAUGCUUUUGUUUCUUUAUAUCGUUACACGAAUUCUACCAAGUGUUUUAUUUGUUUAGGAAGUCUCCCAGUGCUGUUUGAUAACCAGUAAGAGCGAAACGUCUUGGAACAAGGGGGUUCCCCCUUACAUUUGUAGCCGAAGUGGCCGUAUUUCUCUACUGAUUUACAGUAGUUACCACAACAACUGCCAAGAUGGUGUUAGCCGACUUGGGAAGAAAAAUAACCUCAGCAUUGCGAUCAUUGAGCAAUGCCACCAUCAUCAAUGAGGAGGUAUUAAAUGCCAUGCUGAAAGAAGUAUGUGCUGCCCUCCUGGAAGCUGAUGUCAAUAUCAAGUUGGUUAAGCAGCUCAGAGAAAAUGUCAAAUCAGCCAUUGACCUGGAGGAAAUGGCCUCUGGGCUGAACAAGAGGAGAAUGAUUCAGCAUUCUGUGUUUAAGGAGCUGGUCAAGUUAGUGGAUCCAGGGGUCAAGGCCUGGACACCAACAAAGGGAAAGAACAACGUCAUCAUGUUUGUUGGUCUUCAGGGCAGUGGGAAAACCACAACAUGUUCCAAGCUGGCAUACUACUACCAAAGAAAAGGGUGGAAAACAUGUUUGAUAUGCGCUGACACUUUCAGAGCUGGUGCCUUUGAUCAGUUAAAGCAAAAUGCAACAAAAGCUAGAAUUCCCUUCUAUGGAAGUUACACAGAGAUGGAUCCUGUUGUCAUAGCUGCAGAAGGUGUGGAAAAGUUCAAGACCGAAAGCUUUGAAAUAAUCAUUGUUGAUACCAGUGGCCGACACAAGCAAGAAGAUUCUCUUUUUGAGGAAAUGUUGCAGGUUUCCAAUGCAGUGCAACCAGACAACAUUGUGUACGUGAUGGAUGCCUCCAUUGGUCAGGCUUGUGAAGCCCAGGCCAAGGCCUUCAAAGACAAAGUAGAAGUUGCAUCCGUUAUAGUGACCAAGCUGGAUGGUCAUGCCAAAGGUGGUGGUGCUCUUAGUGCAGUGGCUGCUACUAAGAGUCCCAUCAUUUUCAUUGGUACUGGAGAACACAUUGACGACUUGGAGCCAUUUAAGACCCAGCCCUUCAUCAGCAAGCUACUCGGCAUGGGAGACAUUGAAGGUUUGAUUGACAAAGUCAACGAACUCAAACUGGAUGACAAUGAGGAGUUGAUUGACAAGCUGAAACAUGGUCAGUUCACUCUCCGUGACAUGUACGAGCAGUUUCAAAACAUCAUGAAGAUGGGUCCCUUCGGCCAGAUCAUGGGUAUGAUCCCAGGCUUUGGAACAGAUUUCAUGAGCAAAGGCAAUGAGCAGGAGUCCAUGGCCAGGUUGAAGAAACUCAUGACAAUUAUGGACAGCAUGAACGACCAAGAACUUGACAACAAGGAUGGUGCAAAGCUCUUCAGUAAGCAGCCGAACAGGAUUGCCAGAGUAGCGCGGGGUUCAGGGGUUGCCACCAGAGACGUCCAGGAGCUUCUUACCCAGUACACCAAGUUUGCCCAGAUGGUGAAAAAGAUGGGUGGCAUCAAGGGCCUAUUCAAAGGUGGUGAUAUGUCCAAGAAUGUCAACCCCUCUCAGAUGGCGAAGUUGAACCAACAGAUGGCAAAGAUGAUGGACCCACGGGUUCUCCACCAUAUGGGUGGAAUGGCUGGUCUUCAGUCCAUGAUGAGACAGUUCCAACAGGGUGCUGCUGGCAACAUGAAAGGAAUGAUGGGAUUCAACAACAUGUGAACCGCUGAGCCUUAACAACUGAAUAAAAAGUAGUUUUUCUGAUUAUACAAGAAUGAAGUCUGGAGAUGAUUUAGAAAGGAGUGAGAGGAGAGUUAUUUUGCCCCAGUAAUAUAAUUCAUGGACAUGGUUGUGUAUAAAUGAUAUAGAAGCAUAUUUACUUGUCAGUUCUGUGAUUUUACAUUUAUUGUAAAUGAGACAAAAAAGAUACAGCAGUCGUAGUGGGAGUGACCUCCUGGGUCAUGUUUCGUUUGGCACCAAAUGGAAGUAAAUGGUCUGACACCAGUAGGGGCUAUUAUCAACAUCUAUUUUGUUGCCUAACAUUUUACAAGUAAUUCUCUUGUGUAUCCAAAUAGACACAUCCCUGGUUUGGAGAGAUUGCAAAAGAUAUGAUUAAUUUAGUUUGUGGCUGUUAUUUUUGUCAUACUGUUAUAAUAAAAUUUCUAUUGCAAUGUU